AUGGCCCACCGGGGUGGGGAGAGGGACUUCCAGACUUCUGCAAGGCGCAUGGGCACCUCACUGCUCUUCCAGCUUUCAGUGCAUGAAAGGGAACUGGACCUGGUUUUUCUGGAUCAUAGCUAUGCCAAGCCCUGGAGUGCCCACCCAGAUGCCAGUAGUGCCCGCCCCACGCGCAUGCUCUUUGUUACUCCCAGGAGGCAGCACGAAAGUACCAUUGAAUCAGACGUCCCAAUAGAUGUAGAGACGGUCACGUCAACUCCUGUGCCACUCUAUGACAAUCAAAAGGCACGUAGCGUGAUGAACGAGUGUGAACGGCACGUCAUCUUCGCCAGGACCGAUGCAGAUGCCCCUCCCCCACCAGAGGACUGGGAGGAGCAUGUCAACAGGACUGGAUGGACUAUGGCCCAGAACAAGCUAUUCAACAAGAUCCUCAAAGCUUUGCAGUCUGACCGGCUUGCUCGCUUGGCCAAUGAAGGGGCUUGCAAUGAGCCAGUGCUGCGCCGUGUUGCUGUGGACAAGUGUGCGAGGAGAGUGAGGCAAGCUCUGGCAAGUGUGAGUUGGGACACCAAGCUGAUCCAGUGGCUACACACUACCCUGGUGGAGACCUUGAGUUUGCCCAUGCUGGCAGCCUACUUGGAUGCUUUGCAGACACUGAAAGGGAAGAUCCCCACCUUGAUUGACCGGAUGCUGGUGUCAUCUAACACGAAGACUGGGGCUGCAGGAGCAGAGGCCUUGUCUCUCCUGCUGAAGAGGCCUUGGGACCCUGCUGUGGGCGUGCUUUCUCAUAACAAACCAAGCAAACUCCCCGGCUCUCCUCUGAUCCUCAUCGCCUCCUCCGGCCCCUCUAGUUCCGUGUUCCCCACCUCACGCCGCCAUCGCUUCUGGCAGUCUCAGCUGUCCUGCUUAGGCAAGGUCAUCCCUGUAGCUACCCAUCUGCUGAACAAUGGCAGUGGAGUAGGCAUUCUGCAAUGUCUUGAACAUAUGAUUGGGGCUGUGAGAAGCAAAGUGCUGGAGAUUCACAAUCAUUUCCCACACAAACCCAUUAUCCUGAUUGGCUGGAAUACAGGAGCUUUGGUGGCCUGUCAUGUGUCGGUGAUAGAAUAUGUCACUGCAGUUGUCUGCCUUGGGUUUCCUCUGUUUACCGUGGAUGGCCCCAGAGGGGAUGUGGAUGAUCCCCUUUUGGAUAUGAAGACACCAGUCCUCUUUGUCAUUGGUCAGAAUUCCCUGCAGUGUCACCCUGAAGCCAUGGAGGAUUUCCGGGAGAAGAUCCGGGCUGAGAAUAGCUUGGUGGUUGUUGGGGGAGCUGACGAUAAUCUCAGAAUAAGCAAAGCAAAGAAGAAAUCAGAAGGGUUGACUCAGAGCAUGGUGGACAGAUGUAUUCAGGAUGAAAUUGUGGACUUUCUGACUGGAGUGCUCACUCGUGCUGAAGGGCAUGUGGGCUCAGAGCCUCGAGAUCAGGAUGCAGAGAAGAAGAAGAAACCCCGUGACGCAGCCCGCAGAGACCUGGCCUUUGAAGUCCCUGAGCGGGGCAGUCGACCUGCCUCCCCAGCCGCCAAGUUGCCUGCCUCACCCUCAGGCUCUGAAGACCUCUCCAGUGUGUCUAGCAGCCCCACCUCUAGUCCCAAGACCAAAGUGACCACAGUGACCUCUGCCCAGAAGUCCAGCCAGAUUGGGAGCUCUCAGUUGCUGAAGAGGCAUGUGCAGAGGACAGAAGCUGUGCUGACCCACAAACAAGCCCAAGUUCCCAUUUCAUCAGAACAAACGGAGGAAGCAGAGAAAGAGGAUCUUAGGGUCCAGCUGAAGCGGCACCAUCCCUCCAGCCCUCUUUCUGGUGGUAAGGCCUCCAAGCGACCGAAGAUCAAGGUGUCCCUUAUCUCUCAAGGAGACACAGCUGGAGGGCCGUGUACUCCUUCCCAGGGAGGAGCUCCAGAAGUCUCAGGAGGGAAACCCAUCACCAUGACCCUGGGGCAAGCUUCAGCAGGGGCCAAGGAGCUCACCGGGCUUCUCACCACAGCCAAAUCCAGUGCUUCUUGUGAUGGGGCACUCUCAGCCAGCCCCGCCUCUUCAGUGGUCUCCAGCAGCACCGUGUCCAGUGCCUUGCAUACAUUCCAGAGCCGCUUGGUGGCCACCUCUCCAGGCAACUCCCUUCCAGGGGCCACAUCAGCCAGCAGCCUCCUCCAAGGUCUCAGCUUCAGCUUACAAGAUAUCAGCAGCAAGACCUCUGGCCUCCCAGCAAAUCCCUCCCCAGGGCCAGCCCCACAGGCUACCAGUGUGAAGUUGGCCACCCCCAUGCAGAGCCUGGGUGCCAUCACCACGGGCACCAGCACCAUUGUCCGUACCAUUCCUGUGGCCACUACUCUUUCCUCCUUGGGUGCCACUCCUGGUGGCAAGCCCACAGCCAUCCACCAGCUGCUUACCAAUGGGGGCCUUGCUAAGUUGGCAAGCAGCCUCCCUGGCCUGGCUCAGAUCUCUAAUCAAGCAUCAGGCUUGAAGGUUCCGACCACCAUUACACUGACACUGCGUGGCCAGCCAAGCAGAAUCACCACUCUGAGCCCUAUGGGCUCAGGAGCAGCCUUGUCAGAGGAGCCCACCUCCCAGGCUCUGCCCUCUGGCUCACAGCGCCUGCCUCCAGCACCCUGA